AACGGGUUGGGAUUUUACCGGGGAUUUCGUUCUUCGUUGUAAUGUUUAGAUGCCAAUUGAACCCCAAAGCUCUGCAAAGAAUCCCAAGACAAUUGGUGAAAACUUUUCACUCGUUUCAGAAUGAGCACCAAGUGUUUGAUAAAUGUCAUACAACUUCUCUUAUGUCCACAAAGCGCUCCAUGCUGGAUUUGGUAAACCGGAAUCCAUUUGAAGCUCUUAAACUCUUCAAGAAACAGCUCCAAAUGGGCGUCUCUGAAAUAGACGAAGUCGUCAUUGCUUUAGCUCUAAAGGCAUGUCAAGGAGACUUAAAAGGAUUAGGCCUUCAGCUACACAGUUUUUCUUUGAAAACUGGAUUCUUCUCUUAUGUGACCGUCCCAAAUUCGUUGAUGAAUAUGUACUGCAAGUCUGAGGAGUUCUAUCACGCGCUGCUUAUUUUCAAUGACUUGGAGAACCCUGACAUUGUUUCCUAUAAUACGAUGCUUUCGGGUUUCAAGAACGGGAGAGAAGCACUGUGUUUUGUGCAUAGAAUGCACUCAAUUGGGGUGUGUUUUGAUCCGGUGAGUUACACCUCGUCUCUCACCCACUGUACAAAUCAAGAAAUGUUCAUGCUAGGGUUUCAGUUGCAUUGUUGUGCGGUUAAGUUUGGGUUGGAGUGCGACGUUUUCGUUGGGAAUUCACUCUUGACAAUGUAUUUGAAAUCUGGGAAAAUCACGGAUGCGGAAAGAGUGUUUCUUGAAAUGCCAUAUAAAGAUUUGGUUUCAUGGAAUGCACUCCUCUCUGGGUAUGUUCAGGAAGGGAGUUACGCGGCAGAGGUAAUCUCAGGGUUCAUUAACAUGGUGAAAACGGGCAUGAAACUUGAUCACAUCUCAUUUACCAGUGCAAUUUCAGCCUGUGGGCAGCAGAGGAAUUUGGAACUGGGGAGGCAAAUACAUGGGCAGGCAAUCAAGAGGUCAUAUGGAACACAUGUUUCAGUCUGUAAUGUCCUGAUGGCAAUAUAUUCCAAACACGGUGAUCCAAAAGAUGCAAAAGUUCUUUUUCAGAGAAUGAAAGAACGAAAUGUCGUGUCUUGGACGACCAUACUUUGUGCGUGCGAAGAGGAUUCUAUGUCAUUGUUCAACGAGAUGCAGAAAAGUGGGGUUCUUCCUAAUGACGUGACAUUUGUUGGACUAAUCCAUGCCCUAACAAUGAACAAUAUGGUGUUAGAAGGUUUCAUCGUUCACGGUUUUUGCAUAAAGUUGAACUCUUUAUCCGAAUCAAAUGUUGCCAAUUGCUUUGUAACCAUGUAUAGUAAGUUUGGGUUUAUGGAAGCUUCUAAGAAGGUUUUUGAGGAGCUUGACCAUAAAGAGAUCAUCUCAUGGAAUUCUUUGAUUUCCGGGUACGCUCAAAACGGAAUGCAUCAUGAAGCUUUAAGAACAUUUUCUUGUGCAGUAAUGGAGUCGCGCCCGAACGAAUACACAUUUGGCAGUGUCUUGAGCGCAAUAGCUUCGUCCGAAUCCAUUUCUAUAAAGCAGGGGCAAAAAUGUCAUUCGUCAUUAAUAAAGCUAGGGCUGCAAACCAACCAGAUCACUUCUGGCGCUCUUCUUGACAUGUAUGCAAAGCGCGGGAGCAUCUCUGAGUCUCUAAGUGUUUUUCAUGAGAUACCCAAUAGAACCCAUGUUUCUUGGACGGCUAUGAUAUCCGCCCACUCCAGACACGGAGAUUAUGAAUCCGUGAUCUCUCUGUUUGAAGAGAUGAAGGCCAAUGGCGUGGACCCGGACUCAAUCACGUUUCUCUCUGUUCUGACGGCGUGUGGUCAUAAAGGAAAGGUUGAUGAAGGGAUUGAGGUGUUUUCCUCAAUGACCAGAGUUUUUUCAAUCGAGCCCUCAGCGGAGCAUUAUUCCUGUGUGGUCGAUAUGUUGGGCCGUGCAGGGCGGCUGAAAGAGGCGGAGGAGUUCGUGUCCAGAAUCCCAGGUGGGCCCUGGCUUUCGGUUCUCCAAAGCUUGUUGAGUUGUUGCAGGAAGUAUGGGAAUGCAGAGAUGGCAGAGAGGGUAGGGGAGGCGCUGAUCCGGUUGGACCCAAAGCAUUCAGGGUCUUAUGUGACAAUGUCGAACGUGUUUGCAGAGAAGGGGGAAUGGGGGACGGUGGCGGAGGUGAGGAGGUGGAUGAGACAUAGAGGGGUGAAGAAGGGCGUGGGGUUCAGCUGGGUUGACGGUGAUUCCCUCAAUCCUCUUCACCGGUUCUCGGCAGAUGACAGGUCUCAUCCUUUGUCUGGUGAGAUUUAUAGAAUGGUGGAGUGGGUUGCUUUGGAAAUGAGACAUUUAGAGGGAGGUGAAGACGAGACCUCAUGUGCGUGAAAUUGUGGUGCGGGUUGCUUCGGAAAGUUUAGUCCCGAUGGGAUAUAUCACGUCGUUGAGAGGUGAGUGCUAAUUCGGGUUCGAAUCCUAACAACGGCGAUAAAAGUUGACCAUGCUCUGCAUAGGGUUCUUGCACGUAUAAAGGACAAGUGUCGGUUUCCAUCAACCGUACUGAGAUUAUAGCUUCGUUUACCUCACCCCGCGACAUGACGAUUGCGGUCCAACCUCUUAGUAUUUGCUUUUGAAAUAUGGAUGGACACAACAAGGAUGAACUUCAGGAAGAUGUGGAUCAUAGAGACUGAACGAGAUUUCUUCGAUGCGUAAGUCUUUUCUCUAAAUUUUAUUCUUCUAAAUAUAAAUUCAUAUAAUUCCUAAAUAUUUAUUUUAAUAUUUUUCAUAAUUUUUUUUAGUUUUCAAUUCUGUUAUAACAAAUAAUAUACGGGAUAUAAAUUAUUUAAAAUAAUAAAUAAAGUAAAAGUGGACGUGGAUC